AUGGACGCUCCCGACGAAGAGCUUCUCUCCGCCAAGGCGAGGGGGCAAGUGAUCGAGGCGCUGAUCGUGCAGCCCAUGAGGAUUUCGCCGGAUUUCAGCGUCGAUGCGGCAGUGAUCGCCACCGCGGGCUACAAUGCGGAAGAGCUCAAGAAGCUGUGCAAGGAGGCAGGUUUGCGUGCUGUAGCUAGGAACGUUGGAGCGCAUAUGGAAGCGCAUGGGGGCAGCCUCCGCCAGAGGUUCCAUGAGGCCGAUCUGCAACUCAUGUUCGUGAGGACCGAAGAUUUCAUGUCGGGCUAUUUGCUUCUUUGUGGUCCAUCUGGCUGCGGGAAAAGAACGGUGACCAAAGCUGCUUGCCAUGAAGCUCGCCUCAACUUCGUCUAUGUGGAGGUUCUUUUCAGUUCUUUCCGUCCUUGUUUUCUUCGCUCUUUGUUAAGCUUUUCGUGGUUCCAGGGACGACGACUCAUGAUGCGAGGACCGGACUCGAUCGAAAAGCUGUUUAGCCUGGCAAAGGCAGCAGAACCGACACUCGUGUAUUUCGAUGAGACCGAAGAGCUGAUCGCAGAGAAGGACUGGGACAAGCUGGUUGAAGUGGUGAAAACGCUCUUGGCGAGUGAUCACGUCCGUGUCAUAAUGGCUGCGAAAAAGCAGGCUGAGGAGCUCCAGGACGCCACGAAAACGCUGGAGUUCCAGCUGCCUGAAGAGACUGGCAGGGAAGUCAUGCUGCGGACUCUCUUGACCAACAAAUCUGUUGCGGACGACGUGGACUUCCAGCGAAUUGCAGAGCUGACCGAGAAGUUGACAUAUUCGGACUUGAGGAGGCUGGUACGUUAA